CCCAGCUCUUCACUCCACUUCUUACUUUCUCUUUAUUCAGUCCUGCAGGUUGUACUGUAUACAACAAACAAUUAGGGAUAACAAGACGUUUCAUCUAAUAGCAUCCUAGAUAAAUCUGGAUCAACUGAGGGUUCAUUCGGUAACUACAAGAGAGCAGAAUGUCUAACAACAUGGCCAAGAUUGCAGAUGCACGAAAGACCGUGGAACAACUGAAGCUGGAGGUUAAUAUUGAAAGGAUGAUGGUAUCUAAAGCAGCAGCUGAGUUGAUGGCAUACUGUGAGGCCCAUGCAAAAGAGGACCCCCUGGUGAUGCCCGUACCAUCCUCAGAAAACCCUUUCAGGGAGAAAAAGAUUUUCUGUACAGUUUUGUAAUUUUUUUUCAUAGGGCACACAUUUUACUGUAUUCUUUUUUAGGAUAAUUCCAAGCAAAAUGCUUUGCUGAGUUCCUAAACUUCACACACGUUAUUAAAUGUGUCACCUACCAGCUGUAAAAUGUCGAGCUUCCUUAUGUUUGGUGAUUUUCAUCAGUGUGUGUUAUAGAAUGUAGUCAUAAGCAGCUAAACCGCGUUCAAGCCUCUUCCUUCAAAACUGACAAUAUAUUAUUUUACCUCAUGGUGGCGCAAUUUUUUUUUUUUUUUUAAUAACUAACACUAUGUCAUGAGCUAUUCAUCCACCACCCGCUCAGCUGCUUUUGAGCGUCAUUUCACCUACAUACUAACAGCAAUAAAAUAAGA